AUGAAUAAAAUAUUGAAUACUAUUGAUAAAAUAGAUAUUUUUGGAGUUCCUAUUAAUCUGCUUACUAAUGAAAAGACUUCAGUUUUUCAGAGUAAAGUUGGAGGGAUAAUUACUCUAAUUGCCGGAAGCGUAAGUCUUUCAUAUUUUUUAUAUGUUUUUAUAUACUGGGUAAGCAAUUUAAUUCCUCCUAAUGUAAGUUUUAAGUAAGAAACAAUAGGAUAUGCUUAAUUCCAAAUAUAAACUGCCAUGAUUGAUUUGAUGCUAUAAGAUUUUUCAGGUGAUGUGGAUCCAUUUAGAAAAUAAAAUAACAUUAUAACUCCUCAUUUAUAUGCAGUUAUUGAUACGGCAAUUAUAGAUAGACCAAUCCCUUUAUUUAGUAGUUAAGAGAAGCCUUUUACAAUAUCAUUUGAGAAUAUCACAUUAGUUUUAAAUCAUGAAAUUACUCCAGAUCAGGAUCAUUAAGAAAUGAAACAAUAUUUAAUUGUGCUUGAAAGUUGCUCUAAUGACACUUUGUAAGAUAAUGGUUAUUGUGCUGAUUAGAAAACAAUUGACGAGUAUCUAUAAAAAUUUCAUGGGUUCUUGUUUUUAAGCAUUAAAUUAAAUCAACUUAAUCAUGCAACAAGAGAAUUAGAAGAAUUCAAUAAGUAAUACUAUUAUGCUUUUGAUAUAUUUAAUCCAUAAUAUUCAUAAGUUAUGUUGAAAUAGCAAGAGACAGUCAUUGACGAUGGAUUGUUAUUUAAUAAUUAUAAAAGCUACUAAUUCUUAAAUAAUUAUGAACUCAUAAAUUAGUAAGUUGAUUCAUUCUUUUCUUCUAAUGUCGUAUCAUCAAUGUCCAAAUAACCAUAUAACUUCACAAAUUUUGGAUGCUAUCUAUUUAGAUUAGAUAGUAUCUAAGUUAAAGAAUUGGUUACAAUGCCAAAACUAGGUCAAUUUCUUGCUUAAGUUGGUUCCAUUGUUUAAUUGAUAUUCAUGCUAAAAUACAUAGCUUUAUAUUAUAACAAUAAGCUUCUCUAGAAUUAAUUACAUCACGAAAUCAUUACAAUGUAUUAUCCUGAAUUAAGGAACGUAAAACUUACUAUAUUUAAUAAAUUGGAGAUCAAAGAGAGUACUGAUAAUAAACUCAAAUUUUCGAUUGGGGAUUUUAGGCUUAGAUAUAACUUUUUAUUAGAAAGGGCAAGGGAGAAAUGUCGGUUUAAUAAUAUAUUAUAUGAGAUUUCGAGAAUUUAAUUUAUUAUUUAGUAACAGUUUGGAGAUUCAGUCUUAUAAUAGAGUCAUUCAUUGGGAGGAAAACUCUAAAGUAAUUAUUAGGAAUUUUAAAAUUGCAAAGAAACAAACAGGUUAGCAGUAAAACCAGAUAAUUCUAUUGAUUUAGAGAAUAACUAUAAUGUAUUAGAUCCUUUGGAAAUAUUAUCAAAAUAACCCUGA